AAAAGGCGGUGGUAUUAGUCGUUACCAGCCAAAAUUAAUAAUUUAAAAACCCACAUUGGGUAUUUGGAGAAGAGAAAGAUCGAGAGAAGGAAGAAGAAGAAGAAGAAGAGAGACGAUGGACAUGAACGGAGAGGGGAAGAAAACGACGACGUAUUGCGUGACGGGUGCAAGUGGAUACAUCGGUUCUUGGUUGGUUAAGUCUCUUCUCGAAAGAGGCUAUACUGUUCAUGCCACUCUCAGAGAUCUUGAGAGUUAUGUGGAGAGCAAAGUCAUAGAUCCGGCUAUAAGAGGCGUACGGAAUGUACUUGGUUCUUGUCUAAAGUCAAAAUCAGUCAAAAGAGUUGUUUUCACAUCAUCCAUCAGUACUCUCACAGCCAAAGAUGAGAAUGAACGAUGGAGAUCUUUCGUGGAUGAGACUUGCAAGACUCCCAUUGAUCACGUCCUUCAAACAAAAGCAAGCGGAAGGAUUUAUGUAGUAUCGAAGCUCGUCUCAGAGGAUGAAGCAUUUAGAUAUGCAAAAGAGAGAGGACUGGAUCUUGUUUCGGUCAUUACAACUACUGUCUCGGGUCCAUUUCUUACUCCUUCUAUACCAUCAAGCCUUCAAGUUCUCUUGUCUCCAAUCACAGGUGAUUCAAGACUGUUUGCGAUAUUAUCAGCAGUGAACAAAAGAAUGGGUUCGAUUGGUUUGGUACACAUUGAAGAUAUAUGCAGAGCGCACUUGUUUCUGAUGGAACAACCAAAGGCUAAAGGUCAAUACAUCUGUUGUGUUGGCAGUAUUGAUAUGCAUGAAUUGAUGCUUGAGUACUUCUCUAAGGAGUCUCUUUGUAAAGUUGAAAAGGUAGAUGAUGGUGUGGAAGAAAGACAAUGUUUGAUGAAGCCUACGAUUUCUUCAAAGAAGUUGAGAGAGUUGGGGUUUGAGUACAAAUAUGGUAUUGAUGAAAUUCUUCUUCAAACAGUUGAAUGCUUCCAUCAAUUUGAGGUUUCCCUACAACAAACUCAAUAAGUGAGAGAUCAACAACAUUUUGUUUUCUUUCUUUUGGGACAUUAAGCUUUUCUCAGUUCCAACAAUUUUUAUAUUUCAAAGGUCACUGUAUAUUAUUUGGGAGUUACACGUCAAUCUUAUGUUGUAUAUUCAUCAGUAAAUGAGUAAAUACAUUGUCCCAGCAACACCUUCAAACUUUAACCUCCACUGAAA